AUGGCCCUCCGUCGUAAAAUGGGGCGGAUUUUCAACAAUUUGAACUGCUGCGCUCGCCGCAGCUUUCCCGCCCAGGCGAAUCCAAAUCAACAGGAAACACUGUGUGCUCAGUGCCAACCUCAAGUUCCUUCUGCCCAACGGGCUAUUCAGCUACUUGCUCAGGUUCAGGCUCCUCGACCGGCUGCUCAGCCGCAAGGCCCUCCAACUCAGCUGGCUACUCAGAACCAGCCUGCCCACCCCCGGCCUCGAGUUCAUUUUGCUCUGCCAGCUACUCGACAGUCUACUCGUUCUCGGCCUGGUAUAUAUGCUCGGCCCCCCCGGCCGAAUGCUCAGACUCAAUACCCUUCGGCUCCACUGGCUAUACAGAGCACAGCCUACUCGACCGGCUGCUCCCCGGGCAAUGAGCAGCCUACCCAGACACAGCCUCAAGCCCAGCCUAUUUAG